AUGUACAUUCAGAAGAAGAAGGAGUAUUUUAUAGUGUUAAUUAACAAAAUAUUUAUAGUAUCAACUACUAAACUUGCAGUAUUUAAAAAGCUCCUCUUUAGGGAAUAAUAUUUUAGGAAAGUUCUUCGUACCCAUGCCCUAUCUUUAUUAUUUUUGAUUAAUUUCUUAAUCUAGUUACUGUUUUAUCGUAAGAUAGGUUAAACAUUUUUUGUAAAUCUACCCUUUAAUUCUUAGGAAGUUUAGAUUAUAAAAGUUAUAGCCUUACUACAAAAGCUUAUUAUACUUAAUCUACUAAUACUAUAUCUAUUUUUUCUGAUAAUUAAAUAAUAUUGCUUGAAUUGUGGACACCUUUUUUAAAUAAGUUAUAUGAAAAUUCUAUAAGUUAUCUACAAAAUAACUUACUCUACUUUGCAGAUUAAAAUAUUGUUCUUUAUUAUAACUAUUUUACAGGUGUUUUAAAUACUCUUUUGGCUAAUAACAAAUAUUAAAUUAAAUAAUAGCUUAAGCUAAAAGACUCUUAAGUUUGCACAAGAUUCUUUAUUUAAAUUUAUAAAAUAAAUUCUUAGACUAUAUUGGCCAUUACUUCUCUAUCAUAAUUCAUUGUUUAUGAUUUUUUAAGAAACUAAAUUAUAAAGCAAGCAUCAAGUUCUAUAAACUGUAGAUUUUUAUCUAACUUUUAGCAAACCAUUUUUUGUUUAGAGACUUAAAACAUUUUAAAAAUAUUUAAUAUGA